GUUACAUCAACAAGCACCCGCCGACGAUGGAAUUGCCACGGCGAGGCCGCUUCCUCGCCAAGGACCCGCCGCAUGCAAACAGCGACAACAUUCGAGGCAUCUUCGGCACGCUGCCAUUAGCUACGAUGCUUGAAGAACUGCCUGUUCACGGACGACAGCACGUCAGGGCGGAAGUUGGCAUUACGACACCGGCGUUGGCGACUCAAGCUAUCGAUCGCCUCGAGAACGCAAUGCGACUCUUGGAAGAUGUGUACGGCUACGUGACCAACGCAGAGAUGCAGGGGCACGCAAGGACAUCCAUGCUCGCCGAGUUGGGCAGUCUCAUCAUCGAGGCCAAGAAGGCUGCCGACUGCACCAUCGCAUUGUUCCACGACACUCUGGCUCAUUUACCAACGCCGCCGAGUCCGCCGCGCGCGUUGCCGCAUAAGGAUGUACCAGAGGCAGUGCCAUCCACUCUCACGUCCUCUCCAUCCAUCAGCUGCCAUCUCGUCGACGACGAAGACGAUUUUGAACCCAACACCACAUCACAAUCCCCGCCCAGGAGAAAGGUGGCAGCUGCCAGCGACCUACCCGACGUGAAACCUCCCAUCACAAAGAACUUACCAAGUCCCAAGCAGCGGCAACUGAAGGCUCCAUCGCCUCCGAAAGCAGCGAUGUCACACGCGCGCCUUGACUCGAAAAACGCCCGACUGUGGAAGGACUUGCAUGCCGAGUUUCAUGCGAAGAAAGCCGAACUCAAGCAAUUACGACGACGGAUUGGAGAUGCCGAGCGACUCACCAAGACUCAAAUCCAUGAUCACACACAAGCUUUACGAGGCCUUGAGCGUCUACAACUCGACCUACCACGGUAAAAAUGUAAAGUAUAUUCACUCCAUUGCCGUUCAAAA